AUGGCGAUAUUUGAUUGGUCAGAAUAUGCCACUUCCACGGGCUCCAACUUUGACGGUGCUAGCAGUGCUGAAAUUGAGUAUGUUCUCUCCCUUGGUGCCUCACCUGACAGAAUUAUCUUUGCCAAUCCAUGCAAGCCAGAACCCGACAUCAUCUUUGCUGCUAAGGUUGGUGUAAACAUAACAUUCUACUCUAAGGACGAGGUCGUGAAGAUCAAGAAGCUUCUUCCAAAAUGUGAGUUAGUGCUACGAACACAAGAGGACGGCAAGGCUAGGUGUCCGAUGGGAUUAAAAUAUGGUGCACUAUCAGAAGAAGUUGAGGCUUUACUUCGUGUCAGCUGA